GUCGCGGCCCCUGGAUGCAGCUGGAUGAGCUUCCUCUCUGCACAAAUGGAGACCUGUUGCAGACGGUCGCCGACUCUGAACGAACACAGCUGCGGGGCAAGUCGCGCGUGCAGCUGGAGGCAAUGUGCGGCUGCCUGCCGCGGUGCUCUGUCGACACGGUCAUGAUCGAGCGCCACACCCUCAAGCGCAACCGUAACAACGUAAUCCAAGCGGUCGAAUUCGCGUUCGACGAGGAGGUGGAGGUGGUGACGAACUCGUUGACGUACGACAUCCCGGCGAUGUUGUCCGAGGUGGGAGGCAACGCCGGCCUCUACCUGGGCUACUCGCUGCUGACCCUGCUGGACGCGGCUGUUGAUCUGCUGGAGUGGAGCAUCCGCAAGCUGCCGGCCUCCGCAGCAAAAUAGCUCGGGUUACGAGGCUGAGCCAGCGCCAGAGGGCCCGGCGGCUGCGCGUCGUGGCGGCUCUCCAGAUGCACUAAAGAUGCUGAUCACCACACCGGGGAAGGAUCAUGAUUACGACCACAUUACACGAGAUGCUGAUUAACACACCGCGGCGCGUUGGCAUCAAGGCAGUCGUCAUGUCAGAAGGGGAGUAACGCAUUUGCCAACAUCAUGCGGUUCGUAACCGUAAAAAAUGUUCUCACAGUUAUGAAAGACAUGGCGAUAAGUGUGAUGAUAUUGUCGGUAUUAUAGGGCUUGCGUUGACUUUGAGUGGUCGACUUUCGCACUCUGGUAUUCUCGUGAGAAAAAGACGCCAUGCUGAUGAUCUUACGCUAGAUUAAAACUGAGAGCGACAAAACGGGCGCCAGGCACGUGGCCGCCUAGGUCACGCACGGUCAGGCGAGAGUUAGCGGCGCCG